GUGGCCCCUGGGUGCUGCUGCCCGCCCUCGGCCACUGUCACAGCCGAGGCUGGUGCUGGAGCAGAUGUGGAGCCGCGCUGAGGGAAGUGGGUCACGGAGCUGCAGGCUGUGUGCAAUUCAAACAAGGUCUUAUUAUGCACAAGAAUGCCGUGCGACGACCACCAGAGGGAUGAUGGAUGGGCUUGACCUUGCUUGUUUGUAUUCAAUAACAAGAAGAAGAAGGCGGAGGGAGAAACACAUCAACAGCAACUAAAAUCAGCAGAUGAUGGGGUUUUCCCCCCCAAAGAGUAAAAUCCCAGCCCAGUUCAGGAAGUCCUGUUAGUCAGCCAGCAGGCCCUUCUUCUCCACCCCCCCACCUCCCCGCGCCGCACAGAAACACCGUGGCAGCGAGAGGAUGGGAGGAGGAGGGGGGAGAUAAACAUCACACAGGACGGUCGGAGGAGGGGUGAGAACUGGGAGGGCGCAGUGUCCAGCUUCUCCACCGAGCAGUCAACCAGCAGAAAGUGAGGCUCAGUCGAGGUCAGUGAUGCUCCACCAUCAGGACCAACCUCUGAACUCGCCCUACAGAGGGCAAGAAGGCUCUCACAGUGGCUCUUCGUCCUCGCUGCGAAACAGGAAGUGUGACAAAGACGGCAACUUCAACUUCCUGCCAGGCAAAGGUGACGAGGGAUACACGGGCAACGGAGGAGGAGACGAGAACCGAAACCAGGUGCGUCCCCGCAACUUGGGCCCGCUGGGUCGUGACCCUCCAAACUCCUCGCCGUCCGCUGGGUAUCACCACAACUCGGGGCUUCUGUCGCCGCGCUCGCGCCUGCCCUGCUGGAGCCCCCUGGAGCCCCUGCCUGAAAUCGAGAGCGGGGAUGAUGGUUACGGUCGAGUGCCCCCUGACGGAGCGGAGGAAGGCAGGGUGGAGGAGGAGGUGAGGAGGAUGAUGAUGAGCCAGAGCGAGCAGAAGCACAGAGAGAAGAAGGAGCAGCACAAGAGGAAAGGCAGCAUGGGUUUCAGAGGAAGGGAGGAAGAGGACGACGAGUUCGGGCUGGAAGAUGAAGACGAAUGGGGGGGGGACAGCGACUCUGAGUCUGAGUUCAGCUACCGGUCCGGGGGCAGCAUGUCCUCCCUCAACAUGGACAGUGGAAUUGAAGGGAUGCUCCUGGGAGGCUGGGAUCGCAUCGGAGUCGGGGAACCAAAGUCCAGCAACCAGGAAAGUGACCGAAACAGCAACAGAGAACCAGCUGUGAGGCACAGAAGCUUCAGCCGCAGGUCGAUGACAGGAAGCAACCUGGAAAAUCUUCAGGAGGAAGGAGGAGAAGAGCCAGACGACGACAACGAUGAUCAGUCCUCAGACUCCGAUGGCGAGCUGCCAGAGCUGAUGGAUGCGGUGUGGACACUGCGGGACCGCGAGCGCUUCAAGGAGCAGGAGAUGGAGAAGCAUCAGGUGCAGCUGACCAUGUACCGCCGCUUGGCGCUGAUCCGCUGGGUCCGCACCCUGCAGAGCCGCAUUCAGGAGCAGCAGAACCGCCUGCAGUCCAGCUUUGACAUCAUCCUCUCACAAAGGAAAGAGCUUCUGCGCAUGGGCGCCGCCGCCGCCGCUGUGGCCAACGCCGCUCCUGCUGCUGCUGUCAGCCAGUCAUGAAGAGAGAGAGAGAGAGAGAAACAGGAAGUGGUUUAGAACUGCAUUUUAGACCUGUUUGUUUCUCUCCUGCAGACAUUUCCCCUGAAUAAAGACAAUCUCCCAUCACUGUGUCUGACACGUUUGAGCCUCACACUCAUGUUUCUGAUUGUAAUGACACAAUAAUGUUUUUGUUGAUUUUCUUUAUUGCUGGCGUCCCGCCCUGAGCAUCACUAAAUAUAACUGAAGACUGUAUUUAAAUCCUGUACCAAAAUGUAUAAUUUAUAAAGUAGAGCAACAAGAUGAUCAACAUUUUGUUAUGAGAUAAUUAUCAAAAAUAUUCUGUGUGUGUGUGUUGUCCUUCUUUGUCUUGUGUGUACAAAACUCCUGCUGUACCAAAUUAAUACUGAAAAAUAUCAUGCAGAUUUUACAGUGUUAGAGGUCAUUUAUACCCCGUGACUAUGCUGUGUAUAGAGAAAUACAUUAAAAUAUUAAACAAACCUUAAA